UCGGGCAGGCUGUGCUACAAGCAUGGACAGAUCGGCAGCUCGCCAUAACGAUGGAAACGCCAGUGGCAGCCAUUGGACACAGCAGAAGAAGCAACAGUGAUGACAUCAAUCCCUAUGUUCUCCGUGAGGUCCUGGAGGCCUGGAAACCUGCAUUAGGAAUCUGGACAAACAGAGAGGAGAAGCAGAAAUUACUAAUGAGAAGUUGUCAUCUAACUCUGAUAAGCACAGUUGCAAACAGUGGCAGGGAGAAUGUCCAUUCCUAAUGACACCCAGUUCCAUCCUUCUUCAUUCCUCCUGUUGGGAAUUCCAGGACUGGAAGCUGUGCACAUCUGGAUUGGAUUCCCCUUUUUCCUUGUGUAUCUUGUUGCACUCCUGGGGAAUGCUGCUGUCCUGAUGGUGAUCCUGACUGAACACAGUCUCCAUGAUCCCAUGUACUACUUCCUGGCCAUGUUGGACUCCAUUGACCUGGGUCUGUCCACAGCCACCAUCCCCAAAAUGCUGGGCAUCUUCUGGUUCAAUCUCAAGCAUAUAUCUUUUGGAGGCUGCCUUUCCCAGAUGUUCUUCAUCCACUUCUUCACUGCCAUGGAGAGCAUUGUGUUGGUAGCCAUGGCCUUUGACCGCUACAUUGCCAUUUGCAUUCCCCUCCGGUACACCAUGAUCCUCACCAACAAAAUCCUGAGCAUCAUUGCAGGUGUUGCUGUCCUGCGGAGUCUGUGCAUGAUUGUUCCCCUGGUGUUUCUGCUCCUGAGGCUGCCCUUCUGUGGGCACCAUGUCAUCCCUCAUACCUACUGUGAGCACAUGGGCAUUGCCCGUCUGGCCUGUGCCAGCAUCAAAGUCAACAUUAGGUUUGGCCUUGGCAACAUUGCUCUUUUAUUAUUGGAUGUGCUCCUUAUUACUCUCUCCUAUGUCAGAAUCCUCUAUGCUGUCUUCCGCCUGCCCUCCUGGGAGGCCCGACUCAAAGCUCUCAACACUUGUGGCUCCCAUAUUGUUGUUAUCUCAGCCUUUUUCACACCAGCAUUUUUCUCUUUCUUGACACACCGUUUUGGCCACAACAUCCCCAGAUUUAUCCACAUCUUCUUGGCCAAUCUAUAUGUGGUUGUUCCUCCAGCCCUCAAUCCUGUGAUCUAUGGGGUCAGGACCAAGCAGAUUCGGGAGCGAGUGCUGAGAGUCUUUUUUCAAAAAUGAUGGUUGAUAAUCAGUAGUCUUAGAAGAUUUUAGAAUUCGUAUUUCCUCCAUAUGCUCAAAAGUAGGGUUUGUGGGUAAGGUAGAGCUUUACUAUCUAAAAGCAUAGAAGAUAGAGGUACAAAUGGCUAUAAAGUUAAUACCUGUCCUUCCUCUACAUGCUGAAGACUUUGAGCUUGAGAAUAUUAAUGAGUUUAUUAACGACAAUAUUAUAAUUCAUAAGGAUUGUAUUUUUUACCAAGUGCUUUCAU